CCCUUCCAAAUUUGAUUCCCUAAUUUCGUUUUCCCGGAAAAAAUGGGACCAUCUCAAGCAUUUCAAUAUUCGUGCAACCCCUACUAAUUAAAAUCACUGCCUAGUGCUUACACAAGUUCGAUCGCUCCUUUGCUCCUUGUCAACAUCCUUCUUCUGGCCGGCUCAUUGCCAGUACUGGAACAACUAUGGCCUCCCAAGAUGACCUUCACCAACCCAUCUUAAACGACUCGCACCAUGAACAUGAGCCACUACCAGAGCCAGCUGAGCCCAUCUCAGCCGUAUUCCAUGGAGUUGACCCCCGGCUCGAAAAGCUGCUAUCUGAUACUCAGUUACCGCAGUUCAAGCGCCUCCAAUUGGCGACAUGGAUUGAGUUGAAACUCCUCUUCCCGCUUGCCGGUCCGGCCGUCUUCGUGUACAUGAUCAACAACUUUAUGUCUCUGUCCACCCGAGUCUUCGCUGGCCACCUCGGCAAUCUUGAGCUUGCCGCUGCCUCUCUUGGCAAUAGUGGGAUCCAACUCUUAGCCUACGGUCUUAUGUUAGGUAUGGGAAGCGCAGUGGAGACUUUAUGUGGCCAAGCGUAUGGAGCCCACAGGUAUGAAAUGCUAGGAGUUUAUCUGCAAAGAUCGACGAUCGUCUUGACUCUUACUGGGAUCCCAAUGACUUUGAUCUACGUUUUAUCAAAGCCCAUCUUGCUCUUACUCGGAGAAUCAACCGCUGUGGCAUCCGCGGCCGCAGUUUUUGUCUACGGUCUUAUACCACAGAUAUUCGCUUACGCAGUGAACUUCCCUAUACAAAAAUUCCUCCAAUCUCAACGCAUUGUAACCCCAAGUGCGUACAUAUCCACAGCUACGCUUGUGGUGCACCUAUUCUUAAGCUGGCUCGCUGUAUACAAGUUGGACAUGGGGUUGAUUGGUGCAUCAUUGGUGCUGAGCUUGUCGUGGUGGAUCAUCGUAGUGGCUCAGUUCGUGUACAUCUUGAUCAGCGACAAGUGUAAGCAGACUUGGACUGGUCUUAGUUUGCAGGCAUUUUCUGGGCUUUGGGAAUUCCUGAAGUUGUCGACUGCAUCGGCUGUGAUGUUGUGCUUGGAGACAUGGUAUUUUCAGAUACUGGUGUUGGUUGCUGGAUUGCUCAAAAACCCUGAGCUUGCUUUGGAUUCUCUUGCUGUAUGCAUGGCGAUUAAUGGGUUGUUGUUCAUGGUUUCAGUAGGGUUUAAUGCGGCAGCAAGUGUGAGGGUGAGCAACGAGCUGGGGGCUGGCAAUCCCAAGUCAGCCGCAUUCGCUGUUAUAGUAGUCAAUUUAGUUUCUUUCAUGGUUGCGAUAAUAGAAGCAGUGGUUGUGCUUGCACUACGGAAUGUUAUAAGUUAUGCCUUCACCAGCGGUGAGACUGUGGCUGAUGCAGUCUCGGAACUCUGUCCAUUCUUGGCGGUCACUCUCGUUCUCAAUGGGAUUCAACCAGUCUUAUCCGGGGUGGCUGUUGGAUGUGGAUGGCAAGCAUUCGUGGCGUAUAUAAAUGUGGGAUGCUAUUACGUGGUUGGAAUACCUUUGGGUUGCCUUCUCGGCUUUAAGUUCGACCUUGGCGCUAAGGGAAUAUGGUCGGGGAUGAUAGGAGGGACUAUGAUGCAGACCCUCAUUCUACUUUGGGUAACUUUUCGCACGGAUUGGGAUAAGGAGGUGGAGAUUGCGAGGAGUCGAUUGGAUAAAUGGGAGGACAAGAAGGAGCCGCUGCUGAAGAACUGAUGAACAUGCUGACCAUAACAAGUUGCAGAAGGAGAUGCCUGGGAUAGUGGGAGAUGAACCCCACAAAAAUCAAGAAAAAAAUCGCAGUGGAGUCAAGCUGGCAGGAGUCGGGCUGUGGAAUGCUGGGCUGGCUCAGGCCGUAUCUGAAUCAUGUAGUGUUUGAUAAUGUAAGCAUUGAAUAGCUCAAUGCGCCCUUUUAACUUUAUUAGAGCUAUUGAUCAAUGACAUUUGAUCCAUUAAA